AUGGAUAUUCAUGUUCUUCAAAGCCAGGCCGCCCGGAAGGUCGCGUUUAAAGACUCUUCCACGGUUCGUGUGGGUAAUAAACUUGUUCGCAAUAAGCCACCCACCCAGCCCUCUGCUAUGCAACCCAAGCUUAAUUCCAACGCUGUAAAAAGUAAUGUACAGACUGCAAGUGAAGCGGGAGUUGUUGUUCCACCCGCCCAACCCACGAGUUGUCAUUUGGUCCGCGGCGGGUUCCAGCCGCGCCUUCCGACAACGCUGCCGCCCCCAGGGCAGCAGCAGCAGCCGUCGCCGCUACCACGCCGACAGCCCGUCCCGUUGAUGCCUCCCGCGCAGCUUCAUCCGGGAGCGCCCCAGGUGGUCGCUCCGGCGCCUGCGGUCCCUCUUCAGUCACCACCGCCUUCGGAGCUGAUGGACGUCGACCCCUCAGCCGGGCCGCCUUCCCAAGCGGUGGCUGUGCAGCCUGUCCUGCAGCCGCUUUCCUUGGCCACCCCCAAGGAGUCUGACACCGCAGCGCCUUGUCCGGCGCCCACUCAGCAGCCGUCGACACAGCGUCAGGAGACGCUGCCUCUCUUUGUGGGUCCCGACGCCCCGUCGCGUCCAGUACCAGAAGCUGCGCCCGUGAUCAGCUGGCAGAGAACAGUAUACUACUCGCAGCAGCGCAGGCACCAUCAGCGCCACCAAAAUCAGCUACGGCUCCGUGAAUUCAGUGAUCCUGUAGUAGAUCAAACUGUUUCAGUUUUCUUCACUGCACGACGUCCGGCCGCUGUGACGCAGCCACAUCCGCCCGCCGCAACGCCACCCCCUGUGCAGCUUACCAGGUAG